UGGCCUACUGAGGGGCAUGUUUUGUUUGUGGAAGGAUUAUGAUUGUUGGUUUUCGGUGUAUUCUGUUGUAAAAGAGGAAUUUAUAUGAGCUGAUUAUAACUGUGUAUGUACAAGGAAUUAUCCCGAUUCUCCGAUUUAAAGAUCGUGGUCGAAAUGGAGCUAGAAUACCGGGAAUCUCAGUCAACACACAUCGGAUUUUAGUGUACGAGCGUUUUACAGGCAGCCGGUGCAGAUAUAUUCUGGUAGCCUAGCAUCGUUCAUCACUCACAGUUCAUACUGCACUCUUAAGUAACCGUCUGGUGGUACGAUGAUAUUCCAUUAAAUAUAUUCUCAUUCCUGAGACAAAUGUGUAGAUAAAGAAAUGAUAAUUACGAUAUUUUAAUUUUAUAUUCAUUGUUAGUAAACAUCGAUCUUGAAUAUUGCAGUGUUGGGGGCCUUGUAACGGAGCUUUGUGUGUUUGUAGGGCCUCGUGUUCUCGGCACUUCAAGCUCAUAAACUACAAUCGUAAUUUUUGAAUUGGCAAACAAAAGCGUUGUUUCUGUCCUAAGUCAAUGCAUUGUCUAAAACAGAAUGUGUAAGAGUAUGAAUCGGUGUGUAUUGGGCUAGGGCCUUGUGUAUUGGAAGGCCUUGUGUAUGCUGCACGGAUAAGGCAGGUCUGCCGCUGCAUUUUCAGUGCUUCGAUGAAGAGUUCUAACUUUUUUUUGUGUGGAAUUAUUUUGACAAUGUAUUAGUGAUGUGAAAUAAACCAAUUCAUAUUGGUUGAGUGGUGAUUUAUCAGCAUCAGCAUUCACAAAUGCCAGUGUUGUGUUUAGUAUAGCGAUGUCUAUGCUCAGGAAAGGGUUUCAGAUCCGGAUGCUGUCUCAGAAAUAUCCACUGUUAUGUGUGGUAAUUGUGAUGUGUGUAAUGUUUGGUGUCGAGGCCUGUCCCCCAGGCUGCACGUGCACCACCCUCAAAGCCAAGGAUGACAAGAGUGGGGAGACCCCGAGGAUCGGGCGGGGGCGCAAAGUCAACUGUGCAGAAAAUCUGUCGCCCAUCACAUCUGCUGAUCAGAUCAGAAGUCUCCCGCUUGAUACUGUCAUAAUUGAUCUGAGUAAAAACGCCAUCACUGUUCUGAGACGGGCUUCAUUUAACAGACUUUCCAUGCUGCGUAAAUUGGACCUAAGCAACAACCAGAUCAGUCUGAUAGAAGCAGGGGCAUUUGAAGGCCUACAGAAACUGGAGAAACUAGAUCUGACCUACAACAACAUCGGCAGUGUGAAUACGUCCAUGUUUACCGGAAUGUCCAGUCUGCAGAAAUUGUCCUUAUCCUACAACAAGCUCAACACCAUUCCUGAAGGCACUUUUAGCGACCUCAUCUCCCUCCGCAAAAUUGACUUUAAGUCCGAUUAUUUACGAUGUGACUGUCACCUGCGCUGGAUAGCAAAAUGGAUAAAGGAGAAAAAUAUUCGCAUCCAACCAUUGACAACCUGUGCAGUACCCAAGGAGCUGAAGGAUCGCACUGUAAAGAGCCUCAAAAAGAAAGAACUUCAUUGUGAUCGCCCACUGGAGCUGCCACUGUUUGAGAUCACGCCCAGUAAAAGCCAGGUUGUGUUUGAGGGAGACAAGAUUCCAUUUGAGUGUCAGGCAUCUGUCGUUGACGACAAUAUGCACAUGUUUUGGGUGAGAAAGGGUGGCGUGGUAACGACCAAUCGCUCUGCUGGGAUCUUUGUGCACACUUACACGUCACAGGACAGAACUAUGAUGACACAAAGACUGUUACUUGAUGACCUUGGGAAGGACGACACUGGUAUCUGGCAGUGUAUGGUGACCACGCCACAGGGCAACGUCUCGGAUGACAUCAACAUCGUUGUCAUCUCCAGCUCUGCCCUGUAUUGCAUAGCAAUCACAUCUAAAACAGAACGGGGCGUUUACAAAUGGCCGAAAACAGUAGCAGGCGUACGCAGUGAGCUUCCUUGUAAGCGAGGCCGGGAAAGACUUGCAACGUAUGACUGCACGCCGGAGGGUCACUGGCGCGAUCUCAAUGUUGACCAGUGUGAAUUUACCAGUGAUACAACUCGUCAACUCCAGUCUAUCGGCGAGAGUCUAACAGACAACUUGCUAAGUAACUCGAGUGGCCUGCUGCGGACAAUGCGUGACCUCCAGAGGCUGGUGUUGAUACCUAACCACCUGUCAUAUUCCACCGACCUGACCCUGGUGUCGCGUGCCCUCGACAGGAUGGCACCUUUUGCCUACCAACAGGAAGAGUUGGCAGAUGUGCUGUUGAAUAUCGUGAGCCUGCUGCUGAAUUUACCAGCCGGAAUGUUCCUGUCGGAGCAAAAGGCUUCCAAGGCCUGUACCAGGUUGGUGAACGUUGUCGAGGGUAUCCCUCACCAGCAGCUUUCCAGGAAGCAGAAUAUCACCAAAUACUCGGAGAACAUCGCACUGGAGGCGCGGACAGUCUCUGUGGAACAUUUCACAGGAAUAACGUGUCUAGCUUUCACCAGUAUCUUCAGCUGUCAGAGUGGCAUUGUCGACACCUCAUCUGCCUUCAAAAAGAGACAAAACAACCUACAAGGAUCCAUCCAGUUUCCGAGGUCACUACUAAACAACACCGGUGAGGUACAGACAGACACCCUCAAUCUCCAGUUCAUACUAUACAAGGAGACCAAGCUCUUCCCCAUCACCACUCCGUACCACGAAGACCCAGCCAUUGGAAACCACACCCGAGUUACCAUCGUGUCCAGCGUUCUCUCUGCUAAUGUCUCUACUCCUGUCAAGAAUCUAACAGACCCAAUUGUCCUCUUCUUCAAAGUCAAGCGACCGGCAAAGAAUCUGGUCGCAGCCUACUGGGACUUUGAAGCCAAUGAUGGCUACGGUGACUGGAGAACGGACGGGUGCCAGAUCAUCCCAGACCCCAACGUAACUAUCGUUCACUGCUUCCAUCUCUCCAUCUUCACCAUCCUGGAGGUGAACAGCUCAAGUGAGUUAGACAUGGGGAUGAUGUCGGGGACCCUCCACCUGCUCCCCUACCCUGUCUACGUGGGUAGCUGUAUCUGUCUCAUCUGUCUGAUGGCCGUCAUCAUCACCUACGUCUCCUGCUUCAGAUUUAUCAACGUGCCUAAGAAACUGAAGCACUCGGUGAUCAACAUCUGUAUCAGUAUUCUGCUGUUACUGAUUGGGUUUACCAUGGGAGUGAAGCGUACAGACCACCACCUCGCCUGUCAGAUCGUGGGUGUGGGCAUCCACUACCUCACCUUGGUCGCAAUGUUCUGGAUCACCAUCACGUCAUACAACAUGCUUAAGAAAUUCAACAAGAUAAAUAAGCCACCAGCCCCACCCCCAGAGCCAGUGGCCAUGCCGUUACCCCCAAAACCAAUGUUACGGUUUUAUCUGUUGGCCUGGGGGGUGCCACUCAUUGUGUGCGGCAUCACUGUAGCUGUCAGCAUUGAUCAUUACUCGGAGCCCGAAUACUGUUUCCUGUCCUGGGACCCGAGUAUUGGAGCAUUCUACAGCCCUACAGGAUUAUUAGUGUUGUUCAACCUCAUAUUUUUCCUGAGAAUUUCGCGUGUGAUUCAUAAGACCACAAACAACCUGAAUGAGACGGACAAUACAGAGGAAGUUAAUGACAUUGAGCUUACGCAAAGUCCAGACGAUGGCACCACAGAAAUACAGGCCCUGACCAGCACACGACGACCGCCGGAGGAGGACACAGAGUCGAUCGCAUCGAGUGUCAUGGACAUGGAGCGGCAGCCAAUCACACAGCUGUACGCUGUGGUAGCCAUGUUGUUUCUGUACAUACUAUUCUACACAUGUGCGGGGUUUGCCGUUGCACAACCUUUCAAGACUAUAAUCCCACACCAGGAGCUUAUAUUCAGUUACUUGUACGGACUAACAAGUAGCGUGUUUGGAAUAUUUAUGUUAGUGUAUUUCUGUCUUACAAGGAAGGAUUCGUGUUCUAGUUGGAGGCGGUUUUUCUUCUGUGAUCAAAAUCCUGUGUAUGACGUGAAUUAUCAAGAGAAUAAUCAUGUUGCUCUGUCGAAUGGUCAUGUGAUCCAUGCCAACAACGACAUCGAUAUAGAAAAUAAAAACUAUAACAUAACACAGGAGGUGACGGACGGGUCCGUAAAACAGUCUAACAUAAACCUCAUCCCGGCCGCGCCAUUUCUCAGUGACAGGGAGAGCUCAGUGACAGAGCCCACAGACUCUAACAUGCCAAGCUUUUAUAAUCCUAAACAAAAUGGCAUCGCAAAGAAAUUCUGGGACAGACAGCGUCAUCAUUCAAAACUCAUUACUAAAGAAAUGACGAAAGAUUUUAACGGCAGUGGCACCGAUUAUUUCUCGGGCUCAGAAGCCAAUCACCGUGGAAACACUAGUGAUAUAAAUACAGUGAUGAGUAUAGAAAUACAGAUUCAGCCUAAUGGUGGAUCAGGAAGAUCCAUCGGGAUUUCUCCUCCGGCUAAAUCUCAGCCCCUGUCUCAACUGAAUCUGUACCCCACCCAGCUCCUACUACCUGCCAUAAAGGGCUCCACCGGCCCCAUUCCCAAGUUCUCUAUGUUACCGUUGGAUCGUAAUAUCAUCCCGCCAGUGGGCGGGUCUGUGUCACCAAUCAUGGUGACUACAAGUCCGUGUUGUAGCACCGUAUCUUACACAGGGUCACAGGUUGCCCCUGCCCACGGGCGGUCGCCCAGUGCCUGCUCCCUGGGAAUGCGGCCCUACCCCAGUGCUUUUACCCCUGUGCCCCCACGUAACAAUACCCUUCCAAAGCAGGGCAAAAUUCCUGAUGUACAAAAUAACACUACUUCUACUAGUCCUACGCAAGACUACAUGAUGAGGAACGGCUCUGUGCCUCGCCUCCGAGAUUUCGACGGUCAAAGUCAAAUAAGUGAUGCAUGUCCUCGUGAAAAACAAUGGGGUAUGCAAGUGACAAAUAAUUACUUGAAUAAUAAUCAUCAUAACAACAAUCAUGCUGCACCGGGGUACGACCCUCUGUCGCGUCUCAGUCCGCAACAAAAAGUGGGCUGUACCUAUAAACAGUACGGCUCAGUGGAUGAGCAUAUUACAUCAGAGCGCCCUCCUCCAGCCUACCACUUCUCACGGGCGCGUUCCUCCUCCGGGGGGUACAGCUCUGAUACAAGUGGGCGGAUGCAACAGAAUCACGAGCAAUCGUUCCUCCAGGAAGUGCACCAGAGGAUCCCAUGUGAUAACAGUAAAAUGAUAGUGCAGGAUCAAAACCAUACCCAGCCCCCCACAUCACUGCCCCCCAAUAACAAAUCACCAGUGACUCCUGAAGUAUGUAAUAAUGCCAAUGGCAAAAUCUUCACCACACACGAUUCAGACAGUCAGAUACAUGUUCGUCGGAGUCGGGGCAAUGACUCCGAUCACAACUCGGAACCAACAUCUCAAGCAUCUCAUCGAAGGCGACACAGGUCACAUGACCCACAACACCGUCAUUCAAAACAUCAUAAACAAAGUGCCAAGAAGCAGCAUUCUUCCUCUGCUGAGUGGGAGGGUACAGCUCGCCAAAAAAUGAUACCGUACGCUUACGUUAACUACCACUAUCAUGACAGGGUGCGACAAAAACUGCAAAGGAAGCACGCGCCUCAAACUCGCGCGUACCCCCACCUCAUGGAGGAUUCUAGCUCCAGUAGUGACAGCGAAGGGCUGGAUGACAUUUGGGUGAUGCAAGAGAAAAACAAGAAAGAAACCAGUGUGUAGCUAUUAUGGUUCCCCAGCAUUAUUUAUUUCAUUCGUUAGUUGUGUAAAUUUGACGUCAUCUCAUUUUACGUUAUGGUUGCCAAAGUCUUCAUUUUGUUUUUAUAAAA